GGGAAAAAAAAAAAAAAAAAAAGGGCAAUGUGCCAAUACUACGCCCACGUCUUCACCUGCAAACACGUCUCCCUCACCUUUGCCCGCUUCUGUCCCUCCGCCAGCAUGAUCCAGACCCGGUGCGGUGAGCGACAGAUCUGGCAGACGAUCCGAAUGGCCGAGUCUUGUGAGGAGUGUAAAGAUGGUGGUGGUGGUGGUGGUGGUGGUGGUGGUAAUAGUGGCUGGAUUGAAGACGGCAGUGGGAGUGUUGGUGGUCAUGCGGCUGAUACGACGACAGGGUGUAGGAAAUGAAGUGAAGUGAAGUGGAUGUCGACGUUCUGAGGUUGUGUCUCAAAGGAAGAGAGAGAGAGAGACAGAGAGACAGAGAG